AUGCGCCUCUCGACCAGAAUAGCCUCGCUCAGCCGCAUGUACGGCUCAUUUUGCAUUGGCGCCACGGCUCAGGUCAUGGUGAAAAAAGCCGCCCACGUCCUGGCUAUUCUCGUUAGGAAGCAUGGAUACGAUAUUGGGAUACAGCGACUGCAGUAUAACCAAGAUGGUUUCGAUUCGCCGCAACUAGCGGCAAUACUCCAGCAGAACAACGUGGGACCGCCUAAGCUGUUUGUGAAGGAGAAGAAAGGCUUUGGGAAAGCGUUUGGGUCACGUGCCAAGCUCGCUAGAUUCCUUGGAGAAUCCUUGGAGAAGAAUAGCGAAAAAUGGCGGAGGGCGAUGAGGGUUUUAUUUCUCGAAAACAAUGCUGUCGAAAUUGGCCGCUCUAGUGCCGACGACGACGCCAAUGCCACAAUUCUCCGAAAAAAGAGCAUGGCCAAAGCACUUAACAAAUGGACUACUUCGGAGAAAGCAGGCUUCGUCUGCGUAGGGACCCACAAGCUCUACGUCUCAACCUCCGGGCCCAUUCGCAUACCAGGCGACCCGUUACUGAUCGUCUUCCCGGGCGCGAACGCCGCCUGCGAAUCUUGGGAACCGGUAUCAUCUCUCCUCCAAGACACCGUACGUGUCCUUCUUUACGACCGCUCGGGGCUAGGCCGCAGCGAACACGGUCCAAAUCGGGAUACUGGACCCGUAGCAGCGGACGAGCUCUCCAAGCUGCUCCAAGCCGUUAACCUGCCCGGUCCGUAUGUCCUUGUGGCGCACUCUUACGGCGGCUGUGUGGCUCGAGAGUUUCUGCACCUGCACGCCAGGGACGUGGUAGGCAUGGUGCUUUCGGAGACGGGCACGGAGACCAAGAGUCGGUAUGCUGAGGAGCAGUAUCGGAGACAGGUGCUUGGUCAUCGUCCGCUGAGCGUUAUUCGGGGCGAGUCCGCUUUCAGCGCGCGGCGGGGUGAGGAUGUUAGCGUGUCAGAUGAGCAGCGCAGAGCGCGUGAUGGCAUGCUUGAGGCUAUGGAUAAAGCUGACGAGCAGUUGAAGAGAGAGCAGUUGAGGUUGUCAAGGAAUAAUAGGUUCAGGAAUGUCCCCGACUGUGGACACAACGUCCAUCUCAGUCGUCCUGAUGUCGUCGCUGAGGAGGUUAAAUGGGUUUUGUCAAAUCUAAUGACAGUGAGAGCAAAGAGGAGUUGGGUCGGGUUCACAGAUCCACGAUUAUUGUUCGGGUUUGUCAGGUCUUGGGGCUUUCUUGACCGCAGGUGA